AUGUCCGAUCUAGUUAGAGAAAAGGCGCCUGCCUUCCCCAUAUCCAAAGUCAAGAAGAUUGCCAAAUGCGAUCCGGAGUAUGUUAUUACAUCUAAUGCAGCAGUAUCGGCGACCGCGUUUGCUGCAGAGUUAUUUGUACAGAACCUGGUGGAGGAAUCACUGGUAUUAGCGCAGCUGAACUCGAGGGGCAAAUCAAGUCUACGACUAAGUUUGGCUUCUAUUGAAGAAUGUGUGGAAAAGAGAGAAAAUUUUAGAUUCUUAGAAGACGUUAUCAAACAAUUAAAGAAAAAUAGCAUACAUGACAAGAAGGGGCAACUGGGAAGGCAACCUGACUUGGAUGACCAACAAGUUGCCAAAGAAGAGCUACAACCGGACCAAGAUGAUGAUGAGGGCGCAGAAAUCGAAGAAGACGAAGAAGACGAAGAAGAACAAGAGCCCGAAGAAGACGAUUCUGUACAGGAGGAAGAACUCAUGGAUGAUCAUGAAGGCAACAAAGACGACAAGCCUACGCGUAGUGUGGCCGGUCUGCUGUCCAGGUUCCAGUACCAAUCCGCACCGGAUACUGGCGAGCAUUCGGGUUCCUCUGAUGUGGAAACAUACGAUGGGAAGAGCAUAGACGAUUAG